GUGGGCACGGAGGGACACGGACAUGGGAGGAGGGACACGAACGUGGUGGCCUUGGGGGACACUGACAGGAGUGGCGGACACGGGGGGAUGCGGCCAUGGAGAACAGCGGGGUGGGGACACCCAGGGACCACGGACACCCCCACGCACGGACCCCGGACCGGGAGCAGCCCCAGCGCGGCUCGGGGGCUCGGAGCAGCACCCCGGAGAGGGCCGGGGGGCCGGAAGGGUGCUGAGGAGGGGGGUACUGCCCCCUGCCCCCCCCGGGGCCGGUGACGCCCUGGCAGGGUGACACGGGACAUUGGGACCCGCCUGUUCCUCUUCCCGCACCCCCGCCUGCGCCAGAGAGGCGGCCGGAGUGCAGGCGCCUGGCGGGGUGGAGGGGCCAUGGGUCACCCUGGAGCCCCCAUGUGUCACCCCACGUCCCCUCUGCUGCUGCUGCUGCUGCUGCUGCAGCCCUUGGCUUUGCUGUGGGGCUGCGACGCGCUGGGCAGCGUCCCGGCCCCCUGCUCCUGCGCCCCCCACAACUGCACCGUGUCCCCCUGCCACUGCCUCACGGCCCAGGGCCACCUCCUCAAUGUCACCGAUUUUCACGCCCGGGAGUGCGGGGGCAGCGUGGGGCUGGUGGCCGGGGUGGCCGGGGCGGCCGGCGGGGUGGCCGUGCUGCUGGUGGUCACCGCCGUGGUUUGCUACCGGAGGAGGAAAGCGGCUUCUGCCGGCAUGGAGUGGGGGAAGCAGGAGCCCCCCGCGGCCCUGGGGCAGCCCCACUACAUCAGCCGGAGCGAUGAGGUCGGUGGCAGCGACGCCGGCACCGCGCCCGAGUAUGAGAACGUGUUUGUGAGCCGGUGUGCUGCCCAGGGCUGGACGCCGCGGUGGCAGGAGGAGCCGUACGGGUCCCAGGUCCCAGCAGACGAUGACUAUUUCCUGGAGAGCGAGUCAGUCCCCGGGGACCAGCCCAUCUACGCCAACACGCAGAGACCCCCCGAGGACGUCUACAUUGUCCCCGACCAGUGAGGGGCCAGGGGAGCCGGGGGGACUGUGGGGGUGACACUUUGACUCCCCCUGACUCUACCCUGGUGUCCCCCCAGCCCAGAGGGCACGGGGGUGGGCACUCCCCAUGGCUGGGACAGGGACACAUGUCCCCACGCACUCAUCCUGCCAGGGAUGCCUCUCUCAGGGGGGGGUAUUUUAAUCAACCCCCACUUUUGCCCCAGUUCCCACCAUAGGGAACGUGUCUUUGCGGGGCUGGUGGCCACUGACCGCAGGGUCACCUUGUCACAGCAUCUGCCAGAGCCGUCUCGGCUGGGGACACGUGUGGGGCCACCCCGGAAAGUGGGGGUGUGCGGGGUGACCGCGGCCCCCGGUUUCUCUUCCCCUUUCGGCUGCUGAUGGCGAGUUGCACGGCGCACGUGCACUUGGGGACAUCUUGGCAGUUGGGGACAUCCGGGCACUGGGUCACCUGCACCCUCCCCUUUUUCUGCUAAAUCUGCCAAUUUUGGGAAGGGAACAAAACGCCGUUUUACUUUUUAAUGCUCUCAGCAAAAUCCCUGAGCCUGGCGCUGUUGGGCUGUGCAGCCCAAGGGGGUCGCAGCCUGGGGACAUGGGGACCCCCAGGGCUUGUCCUGGUGUCCCCACAGCUCUGCCUGGGUCCCUUGAGCUCCAGCCCUCGUGACGCCCCAUUAAAUGGUUUAAUUACCUUAAAUUA